CACACUGCGCAUGCGUACGUCUCUGUGGGUUUUCGCGCUCUGACAGCUGAGGGUCGGUACGCGCGGGGUUUCAAAGCGCUGCCCGGGGUCCGGUGACUGAGACAUGAGUCUGUGGGUGGAUAAAUAUCGGCCGACCUCCAUUACCAAGUUGGAUUAUCACAAAGAGCAGGCAGCUCAACUUCGGAACCUGGUGCAAUGUGGAGAUUUUCCGCAUCUCCUCGUGUUCGGCCCCUCGGGUGCUGGAAAGAAGACUCGGAUUAUGUGUUUGUUGCGAGAGUUAUAUGGUGCUGGAGUUGAAAAGCUGAGGAUUGAGCAUCAGACUAUAACAGCCCCGUCAAAAAAGAAAAUUGAAAUCAGUACCAUAGCAAGCAACUACCACCUGGAAGUCAACCCAAGCGAUGCAGGUAAUAGUGACCGGGUAGUGAUCCAAGAAUUAUUGAAGACAGUUGCCCAGUCGCAGCAACUUGAGACAAGUACCCAGAGAGACUUUAAAGUUGUCUUGUUAACGGAAGUUGAUAAGCUGACUAAAGAUGCCCAGCAUGCCUUACGAAGAACAAUGGAAAAAUAUAUGUCUACCUGCAGACUUAUUUUAUGUUGCAAUUCUACAUCAAAAGUAAUCUCUCCAAUUCGUAGCAGAUGCUUGGCAGUGCGUGUUCCAGCUCCCAGCAUUGAAGAGAUUUGUUUAGUUUUGUUCAGUGUAUGCAAAAAAGAGGGCCUGCUCCUUCCUCAGGAUCUUGCACGCAAGAUCGCUGAGAAAUCUGGCAGAAAUCUCAGAAAAGCACUUCUCAUGUGUGAAGCUUGCAGAGUACAACAGUAUCCUUUCAGUUCUGAUCAAGAUAUACCAGAGACAGACUGGGAAGUUUAUGUAAAAGAAACUGCUAAUGCUAUUGUCAGCCAGCAAACACCCCAAAGGCUGCUUGAGGUUCGUGGUCGUCUUUAUGAACUUUUGACUCAUUGUAUCCCUCCUGAGAUUAUAAUGAAGUCGCUCUUAUCAGAACUGCUCAAUAACUGCGAUGGACAAAUGAAAUGCGAGGUCGUGCAGAUGGCCGCUUACUAUGAGCACAGACUGCAGCUUGGAAGUAAAGCCAUAUAUCAUCUGGAGGCGUUCGUGGCCAAAUUUAUGGCUAUUUAUAAGCGGUUUAUGGAGGAUGGACUUGAAGCUAUGAUGUUCUAAGCUGCCAAUAUGACUUCUGUGGUACUUGUGUUCUGUUACCACUGUUCCUUCCUCUGCGCCAUAAAAUGAAGCACUGCUUCUAAUACACGGUCAUGCACGUGUUUCAAAGUAAUCCCCCCCCCCCAGCGGACCAUCCUAUUAUAGCCACUCAGCCUUUUCUGUUCAUUACUGUUCAGAAAUAAAGACAAUGUUUUUGUA